UUAAAGAGCACGGUGUCAAGAAAGGUAUUUUCAAGACGAAUGUUUACACAAGCAAAGUAUUUUUUUAGACAGGUGAAUUCUAAUUCUGAAGAAGAAAAUUUCAAAAUACUGUUCACUUCUUAUUCCUCAUCUCUCUUCCCAUCCUUAAAAUACAAGUUAAAUCUUAAUUGGAAUCCUUUUCCCAUUGUGGAACCAAGCGCUGGUGUCAGACUUGAAGAGGAAGGCUUUACUUUGUUAGCUAUUUGUUUGAAACCCCAGCGCUCUUCCCAGAUCUUUGGGCUGAUAAUCGCAAACAUGGAGGAUGCUUCUGAUUCUUCACAAGGGGUUGCUUCAUUAAUUAAUAAUGUAGCUCUCCCAGGCUCUCCGCCGUCUCUUCCUGUAUCAGUGACAGGCUGUAAAAGUCAUCGAGUAGCCAAUAAAAAGGUAGAAGCGAGAAGUGAAAAGCUCCUCCCAACAGCUCUUCCUCCUUCUGAGCCGAAAGUAGAUCAGAAACUUCCCAGGAGCUCCGAGAGGCGGGGAAGUGGCGGUGGGACGCGAUCCCCCGCGAGGAGCCAGGCCGUGGCAGCUGGAGAAGCGGCGGCCGGCGGCGCGGCGGGGCCGGCGAGAAGCGACCCCCCGGGGGGACAGAGCCUCCCCUCGCCGCCUUUGUAGUUGAGAAGGUGGAGAAGUGGCAGCCGGCGUGCU